AUGGGUAAGUCCCUCCACCAGACUUCUGUCACUCUGCCGUCCACCCACAUCUUGCUGCAGUCUCAAAUUGAGCCAGCAUCUCAGAUGGAAGGGAGCAAACGCUGCCCUCCCAAGAAGAAGGAGCAGAAGCAAACCAUGUCCCUCGGGGCUUUCCUGCAGGAUGACAACUACGGCGGCUCUUGGGCUGACGAAGUUGAGGAGGUUGUUGGCUCCCAACCUCUCCCUGCCGCGCCUUUUGGAGGCGGUCGCGCGGGCGGCUCAGGAUAUUCUGGCUAUGGCGACCGAGGCUUCGGCGGUGAGCGCAGCUACCCUUCGCGCGACUCCUUCCCCACGGAGCUCCCUACUAGGCCUCCGUACACCGCCCAUCUUGGCAACCUCUCUUACGAAGCAACUCAAGAGGCCGUUACCGACUUCCUUGAGGGCUGUGACGUUACCAGUGUCAGAAUCAUCGAGGACAGGAUUGAGCAGCGCCCCAAAGGCUUCGCCUAUGCUGAGUUUAAGGACGUUGAAGGAUUGAAGCAGGCAUUGACCCUGGAUGGACAGAGUUUCCAGGGACGCGGCAUCAGAAUCAAGAUCGCCGAUCCUCCCAAGGACCGUGACCGAGGCUUUGGAGGCGAGGGCUCUGCUCGCGACCUCUCCAGCUGGGAUCGCAAGGGACCUCUUCCAGACCUGCCUCGCGAAGGAGGCCGCCGUGAAUUUAGCGAACGUCGUGGCCCUCCUCGUGAACCUGCUGGCGACGACGGCCCUCGCCGCGACUUCAACUGGGAGCGCAGAGGACCUCUCUCACCCCUGCCUCAGGCCGAGGGCUCUGGAUCUCGUGAUGGCAGCCGGCCUGGCACCAACGAUGGCAGACGCACCGAUUCGUUCCGUGGCGAACGUGGCGAACGAAAAACCUCUCCAGCCACUUGGGGUGAGGGUCGAUCGGAGGGCUCGCGACCUCCCCGUGAGUUCAGCGAAAGACCCGAGCGUCCUGAGCGCACCGAGCGGGCUCCCACUGCUGCUGAUCUUGACAACAAGUGGCGCAGCAACAUGCGACCUGACAGGUCGACCCCUGACCCUAGCGAGGCACCCUCGGCUGGCCCUGCUGCACCUGCUGGACGUCCAAAGCUGAACCUUGCUAAGCGUACUGUUUCGGAAGCUCCAGGUGUCACUUCGCCCCCUCCCACUGCAGGCGCUGACGCAAAGGCGAACCCAUUCGGUGCCGCUCGUCCUAUUGAUACGGCCGCCAAGGAGCGCGAAAUUGCCGAGAAGCAGGAGCAGGCGGCCAAAGAGAAGAAGGAAGCUGAUGAGAAGGCCAAAGAAGACCGUCGCAUUGCAAAGGAGAAUGCUGCAAAGGAAGCUGAAGAGAAGGCUGCCGCCGCUGCUGAAGCUGAAAAGGAGAAGGAGAAUGCCCCCGCGGCAGAGGCACCUGAGGCACCUGAGGCACCUGAGGCACCUGAGGCACCCGAGGCACCCGAGGCACCCGAGGCAUCUGAAGCACCCGAGGAAGCCGAGGCACCCAAGGCAGCUGAAGAUGCCGCAUCUGGUGAGCAGAAGAUUCCCACAAAGCCGAAAGAGCAAGCACAGAACCCCAAGUCCAGAGCCACAGAGGCUGGUAACUGGAGGUCCUCACCGUCGGGAGAGGGACGUGGCGGCCGUGGAGGCUACCAGAACGCUCCCCGAGGAGGACGUGGUGACUCUCGCGGUGGACGUGGCGAUCGCGGAGGACGCGGAGCUCGCUUCGAAGGAGGCCGCGCCCCUCGCGCAAACGGCAACGCUCCAGCUGCUGCUGCGCAGCAAGAGGGCGCCCCAGCUACACCAACCACACCAGCCCUCGAGCAGUCGUCGGAUCCUGACGGCUGGACCACUGUUCCCUCAAAGGGUCGACGCGCCCAAGGCGGCCGCGCAUAG